AUGAAGUACACCGGUGUCGCCGCUAUGGGCUUGAUGGGCUGUGCCCUCGCCCUGCCUCAUGGUCCUCCUCAGGGUCCUCCUCACGGUCCUCCUCCGGCCUCCGGCCUGCCUGCUCCUUCUGGCCCUUUCCCAUCAGGACCUUUCCCAUCGGGCCCUACCCCUACCGGCUUCCCGACUCCCUCUAGCAGCCUCGAGGCCCGUCAAUUCGGCUUCCCUACCGGCGCGCCCUCUGGCACUCCCUCGGGUACCCCCUCCGGCUUCCCUACCGGUUUCCCUACCGGUUUCCCAACUGGCUUCCCUGGCUUCCCUGGCGAGAAGCGUCAGUUCGGUGAGCCCUCUGGCUUCCCUACCAGCUUCCCUACCAGCUUCCCUACCCCCUCGGGCCCCAUUCCUACCGGCUUCCCGACUCCUUCUGGCCCGCCUCCCGCCGACAUUGAGGCCCGUCAGUUCGGCCUCCCCCUCUGGUCUCCCCAUCCCUUCCGGCUUCCCUAG